CAAACGGAAAACAUUAUAAUUUAAAAGUUCAACAAAAUUAGUUUUUAAAUAAAUAUUUACACCUUUAACACUAACUAUGUGGGUUUUCCUAAUAUUAACUGUGCUACUAAUAGUGUUAAUUAGUUAUUUGCUUAAACUAAAUAAGGAUUAUUACAUCUUAAGUUUAUGCAAACGUAUUAAAACAAUAGAUGGCUCUCCUUUAGAAGAUAAAGUGGUCAUUAUACCGGGCUUGACAAGAUUUGGCAAUAAUUUUGAUUUGUUAGCAAUGACACCAGCAAAAUUAUUUACUUUUUGUCGGGAAAAAUAUGCUUAUGCCAAGGGAAAAAGCUAUUUAUUGCAUUUCUUAUUUGCCACCGUUUAUAGCAUUACAAAUGCUGAAGAUGCCGAGGAGGUUUUUCAAAGUACUUCGGUCAUAACAAAAAGUGUCAUUUAUGAUCUGUUGAAACCAUUUUUGGGCGAUGGUUUGUUGAUAAGCACAGAUCAGAAAUGGCAUUUCAGACGCAAGAUUUUAACACCCGCUUUUCAUUUUAAUGUUUUGCAAAGUUUUAAUGAAGUCUUCAAAGAAGAAAGCUUAAAACUUUUAAAUAAAUUACAAAAUUAUGAAAAUAAAGAAAUUGAUGUGGCUGAUAUUAUAACAGAGUUCACUCUAAACAAUAUAUGUGAAACUGCUAUGGGCGUUAAAUUGGACAAUAUAAGCGGUAGUUCAGAUUAUCGUAAAGUUAUACAUGAUAUUGAAACAACAAUUGUUCAAAGACUUUGUAAUCCUUUAAUGUAUUACAACAUAAUAUUUUAUUUGUUUGGGGACUAUAAAAAACAAACGGAGAGUAUUAAAAUUGCCCAUGAUUUUAGCAGUAAAAUCAUAAAGAAAAAACGACAAGAAUAUCUGGCAAAUCAAAGGGAAACUCAAGCCGAACCAAAAGAAAAUGAAUUUGGUGUAAAAAAACGUUAUGCCAUGCUGGACACUUUAUUGGCCGAGGAGGCCAAAGGUUUCAUAGAUCAUCAGGGUAUUUGUGAUGAAGUGAAUACUUUUACUUUUGAAGGUUAUGAUACCACUUCCACUUGCUUGAUAUUUGCCGUUUUUAAUUUAUCUUUAAAUCCGGAGGUGCAGCAGAAAUGUCGCCAAGAAAUUCUUGAUUUGGCUGAAUUUAGUUCCUUAACUGUGUUUGAUUUCAACAAAUUGGAAUAUUUGGAAUGUGUUUUAAAGGAAACUUUGCGCAUGUAUCCCUCAGUGCCGUUUGUGGCCAGAAAUUGUACUGUGGACACAUGUUUGAAUGGUUUGUUUUUACCUGCAAAUACCCAAAUUAAUGUACAUAUUUAUGAUAUUAUGAGUGAUCCUCGACAUUUUCCCGAGCCGAAUGUCUUUAAGCCGGAGAGAUUUUUAGCCGAUGUCUCGGUCAGAAGACAUCCGUUUGCGUUUGUACCGUUUAGUGCCGGUUCGAGGAAUUGUAUUGGUCAAAAAUUCGCCAUACUCGAAAUGAAAGCAAUUUUGGUUGCCAUCUUAAAGAAUUUUGAAAUUUUACCCAUUACAAAAUUGGAAGAUUUAAUAUUUCACAAUGGCCUCAUAUUGAGAACACAACAAAAAGUCUAUGUUAAAUUAAAGAAAAUUGAAAAAUGAAAUUCAAUAAUAUUUACAGUUAAUUGCAUACACCGUUACACGAUCUAACGAUCCUACACAUUUAAUAUUGUUUUUUUUUCAACAUUUUAAAGAAAAAAAAAAACUGAAUUCUGUGUAGCAGUAUUUGUGGGAACAUAAUUUUUAAUACAUGUCGUGUAUUUUUUUUUACAAUUUAAACUACUCAAUAAAUGUUUAAUCAUUUGGCGUUGGUUGGUUUUCUAGUUUUUA